AUGGAGAGCUCGGCUUCUACAGGGGAAGGAGCAGCAGAGGCACCGGAUGUGCCUAUGGAGAGCUCUGCACCUACGGGGGAAGAUCUAGCAGAGGUCUUGGAGGUGCCCGUGGAGAGCUCGGCACCCACGAGGGAAGAUUCACCAGAGCUCUCGGAGAUUCCUAUGGAGAAUGCUGCUCAGACCUCGGAAGCAGCCGAUGCCCUGGAAGUUUCGCCAGGAGCUUUGGUUGUAGACCUCCAGUGGGAGGUUACGCUGGGUCCGCUGUGGCGCCUGUCGGCGCGCCUACUGCAAGAUCCGGCUACCCGAGAAGCAGGGCUUGUUUUGCGCCAGCGUUUCGCUUAUUUUGCGAAUUGCCCAGGGGCUGUGGAGACCUUGCUUCAACUCACUCCAGUAUUGGGAGAAGAAGAGGAUGGAGAGUUGGUUGCAGGGCCGCUGGCCGAAGUUUCUCCAGGAGAGAAUCGCCUCGGGGAGAUUGUGGAGUAUAUCCCCAUGAUUCGUGCCACUGUGGAUGUUGGUACUCUCACGAACGACUUGAUCGUUCAGCAUGGAGAAGCUCAGGAGCGAGCAUUGACGGGAUUGUUUUUGCACGCGACUGGAAUUACAGGUGCCGAUGUGCGAGCCUGUGUUCAGAAUGGGAACCUCAGUUUGUUUCGCCGGCCCUAUUGGAGAGGCCGGGAGCUUCUCUUUCAACAGAUUGGGGCAUGGUUGUUUCGUUGCCUGAGCUCUUUCGAGACGCUGAGAAAGAGGGAUCUCCAGUGGGAGGGCAUCCUCCACUCCACCGAGAUGCCCACGACGUUGGUGGCGCCAGACUGUGCAGCUGGCGAAAACCACUUUAUCUUGGCAGAACUACUUCGAGUCUCAGGCCCGACUCCGCCGGGCCUCCGAGCUGCGGCGGGUCCCUGUUAUUGUGCCAGACGACACGGAUUUGGUAAUCCCGACUGCCGGGACGCCCUCGGCUUGGGUCCCGGGAUCUCAAGGGGUUCACAAAAGCCCUCCCCCAAAGCUCGCCCAUCGAUAGCUCUUCUCCAAGAGGCACAAGCCAAAGCUUCGGCCCUGAUUCUCCUCAAUCGUCAAGUACGAGAAGCCGAGCAAGCAGAAAGGGCGGCGCAGGAGCAAGAGGCUUUUCAGUGGGCGAACAGGGCGCCGCCACCGAUGCCAGAGCCACCUACGCCAAGUUCGAUUGGUUCUCCGGCGUCGGUGCCCCCGGCCCCGAGCACACCCAUCGAGGCCUUCCGCCGCCGAAUUGGAGUCCAGGGAGCAUUCCGCCUCCACCGCCGUUUGGGCCACCGGGAGAAGGCGAUCUUCGUCCUCCUCCACCGCCUCCGGAAGAG